AUGGAUGAGUUAAAGCACCAGCGUCAUGCACACGACUCUCCUCAAGAUUAUUUUCUGGCAGCUUUACGACAACGGGAAGAGCAACAACAGGAGCAGCAGCCACAGCAGCAACAUCAAGAAACUAUAAUUCAUUAUCAGGAGCACGAACUAACCCAAAGUCACGACGAAAGUUCUUUGCACGAGGAAAUCCGACAAGAUCACGUUACCGUGGAAGAGUAUGAGGAUGAACUGGAAGGAGAUGAUGGUGAAUGUACAGACCAGGAAUUCCGAUGCCCUUAUCUCACUGAGACCAGAUGUUUCCAUUAUGACAAGCUAUGCGAUGGAGUUGACGAUUGUGGUGACGGCAGUGAUGAGGCGAAUUGUGAAUCGGGCAGCCAGGAGGAUCGCGAAUAUAAUGGUGCACCGGAAACCUCGAUAUCUUCUGGACCUAUGGUCAGACACCCUUACAAUCAUUUUAUACUAUACGGAAUACAUUUUUCCCAUGUAAGGAGUCAUCUGAAAAGUACAGGCUUUUUCACAUCACUUGUUAUGGGGUUGGUUGCUGACUUCCUUAAGGCACGUAUUGCCACUCCUCAACCAUUUGUUCAUCUACACCUGUACACCUGCUCCAUGUAUCGUCAAGAUUGUGACGGCUUCCUUGCUGUCACCUGGGUCUUCUAUCUCCCGCCUUUCGUUCAUAGGCAUAAAGGCACAGUUCACGAUCAAAGAGGUUUCUGA